AUGGGUUUGAAGCUAAUUGACGAUAAUAAACAAGGAAUAGAAGCUGAAUCUAUUGAUGCCAUUAGUUCACAAGAAACAGAAGCUGAAUCUAUUGAUGCCAUUAGUUCACAAGAAACAGAAGAUGAAUCUAUUGAUGCCAUUAGUUCACAAGAAACAGAAGAUGAAUCUAUUGAUGCCAUUAGUUCACAAGAAACAGAGGAUGAAUCUAUUGAUGCCAUUAGUUCACAAGGAAUAGAAGAUGAAUCUAUUGAUGCCAUUAGUUCACAAGGAAUAGAAGCUGAAUUUAUUGAUACCAUUAGUUCACAAGAAACAGAAGAUGAAUCUAUUGAUGCCAUUAGUUCACAAGAAACAGAAGAUAAAUCUAGUAAUAAUAACAAUACAACAAAAUCCGAAAAUGUUUCUAUCAAUGAUGUCUAUUUAAAAAUUCUCAACAUUCACAAAAAAUAUAAUUCUCAAUGGCCUGUUGAAAUUUCUCGAAAAAUUAAUGUUAUUAUAUCUCCACUUGGCAAAAAAAUAAUGGCAAUCCAAUUAUUUGUCAUUGACGAUUUUGAUGAUAAACGUAGUUAUAGCAAUGAAUGUUUGAAUGAAGUAUUGCAUGAUCUUCAAGCAUUAUUGAAUCAAUGA